UUUUCUGUCGAAAAUAAGGUCUGUGGUUAACGUAUGUCUAAGAGAGCUUUAAGGUUUGUUCUACGAGAUAAAGUACACCCUUUAAUAUCUCAACCGUGAAUUUCGAAGCCGUAUAUGCUUAAAAAACUAAGAUUGUCACGUGCAGGCGGGCUAGUAUGGGAACUUAAAUGGCGGUUGCCAGAAAGCGACCAUUGUUGUAGUGUAAAUAUAGCAACUUGUUAGCAACUUACUUCUUAAAAGCACAUACGAGCUUCGAAAUCCCCGGUGGUGAAAUUAUUGGGUGUAAUUUAUCUACUAGAACAACACGUCCAGCUCUCUUAGGCUUACGUCGACUGCAGACCUUAUUUUCGGCAAAAAACUAAAUCCCUAUGGGAAAAAUGCAUUAGAAAUCUUACGAGGGAACCCAUGGCUCAAAAAAGCGAACUUACUUCCGGGUUUCAGGACUACAAACUGUAACACUCUUCCCCUCACCUUCAGGCUGAACAGGAAGUGGUAAAUUGAUUAUAGAACUACAGUUAAUAAUGUUAUAGAAGCACGGCGGACUGGCAUCACUGAGCUGGUUGGUUGUCCCUGUAAUGCUCUUCUGAAAUGAUCUGUGUUUCCCCAGGAAACCCUCCGCAUAGUUAUGGUUCUCAAGCUUUUACAGAGGACACAGAACCUGACCCUGACUGGGCAACGGCUCUGGACUCUCCCUGGUGUCUUAUGGCUCUCCCGGCUCAGCACACACAGCCAGAAGCCUGCGUGCCCGGUGUGCCUCUGGACCGGCUCCAGGCGCUGUACAGUGAGCCAGGGCUGCCGCCGACUUCAGUAUGGCUGUGGGAGGAUGAGCCUGUCCACCAUAGUGAGGGAUCCUCUCCAGUUUAGCCCAGGAUCAGUGAGUCUCCACAGGGAUGCCACCAGCACAUUCCGGCUCAGCCUGCUGCACCCGACCGAUGCCUCAGCCGAGCAGGACUUCGCAGACCGCCUCGGGAGCUGCAGCACCUCCAGGCAGGUCCUGAAGCUCAUGCAGGCAGUGAAGGCCAUGUCAGACACAAUGGCGGCCGCCGUGCUCCACAGGGUGGCAGAUCUGGAACAGGGGGAGAACGGACUAAAAGACCCGGGGGUGCUGGAGAAGGACAUCGUCAAAGCCCUGUGUUUCCAGCUGGAGCACGACUCCACCAGGCUGACGAAUGGGGGGCUGGUGUCGGCCCUGCGGGCCUGCACGCGGCUAUACCUGGACCCCUGGAGCACGCUGAUGGUGCGGCUGGUCUCUGAAAGCCAGGAGCGGCUAGACAGGGGCCACAUGACCAUCGACCAGCUGUGCACCCUGGCGGAGGCUCUCCUGGCCCUUGAAGGCCCCGGUUGUGUGAUGCUGCGGCAGGUCAUGGAGGCGGUGCAGGAGCGCAAACCUGGGGACUGGAGCCUCCAGGAGCUGACCCGCGUGUACGACACACUACAGGCCGGGGUCGGGGAAAACGGCCACUACCAAAACCUCCUGAACUCUAUGAACACCCACGCCAUCUCCGUCGCCUCCCGCCUGGACCCGGCGUCCAUCAGCACUGUUCUGAAUGCUCUGGUGGUCCUGAAACAGACCAAGGCUGUGCCCCUCGUCAUCGGCCUGUGCAAGCAGUCGGUCCGACACGUGCCCCACUUCACGGACGAGCAGCUGACGAAGGUUCUGGGGGCGCUUAUGCACUUCGGUCACAGCGACCGCUACUUCGUGGAGGCAAUGGAAAGGCACGUCCCCAGUGUCACCUUCACCGCCCACCCGGAAACCAUCACCAAGGUGAUGCAGUACUUUGGGCGGCGGAACAUUCUCUCUCUGCCCGUUUUUGACGCGGUGGCCGAGAGCUUUGCCUACAGGGCGGACUCAUACAGCACUAGCCAGGUCGCCCGGCAGAUCAUGCCCUUUGGGAAACUCGGGUACUUGCCGCCCAACACAGGGGAGCUGUUCCGCAAAGUGGAGGCCAUCUUGCAUAGCCGCUUCUCGCAGUUUCAGCCCCGCACGCUGCUCAACCUGCUGCACUCCUGCACGCUGGUAGAGAGGUUCCCCGUCAACUUUUUCGCCAAAGUCUUCAACCCUUUCUUCCUCCAGCAGCUCCAAGCUCAAGGCACAGGCUUGGACUGGAUUGUGUUGGCACAGCUGACACAGCUCUACAUGACUGUGAAGCUUGAGUGUCCCUCUUAUGAGGGACCCAGGCUCCAGCGCAAGUACCAUGUGAAAUCUUUUUUCACAUCUGCGCGAUCCCUGGAGACCUCAGUAGAUGGACCUCUCUACAGCUCUGUGAAAACUGGCCUGGUGGACCUGCUAGGGGGUCGCACCUACUUUGCUUCUUGGGUCCUGACUCCAUACUGCUACACUUUGGAUGUGGAAAUGAAGCUUGAUGAAGAAGGAUAUGUUUUACCCGCUUCCCAUAUUGAUGAAGUCUAUCAGAGGAUAGCCUUGUGCAUUGAUGGCCCAAAGAGAUUCACUUUGAACACAAGGCGUUUGCUGGGCAAAGAGGCCAUUAAACAGAGGCACCUCAGGCUACUGGGCUAUGAAGUUGUGCAGAUUCCAUUCUACGAAUUUCAAAAGUUGCAAAGUCAAGCAGAGAGGGUAGAAUACCUGCACAAGAAAAUCUUCCCUCACAGUUACAGGCUCAGCUGGUGAUUGUAUUAACCGGUGGCUCAAGCCAAUAAUGAUGAGGAGUGCUUUCAAGGAUUCAAGAUUUGAGCAAAGCAAUGUGAAUUUCCCCAAAGUCAUCUGAUUGACUUGCAAUGGCUUAUAUUUGUUUAAUGAACUGUACAGUAUACAUGGACCUGAUGGAGCAUUACAUGAUGAAAAGCCUACAGUAAUUUGAAAAUGUAAUGAGUCAUGUAUGUAAGGCCAUUUUGUUUACUAGGGGUGCUGUCUUGUCAGGGUGUUUGGUACAGUUCAAAAUGCUAUGGCUGCUGUUUUAAAUAAACUUAUACAUGUA